CUAAGCAAACAGUGACACUGACUGGCCAUGUGAGCAACCAAAUGACUUCAGAUCAACGGGAAGCUGAGAUCAGCAGAAUAUAUUCACCCGUCUGUGAAAGACUCUUCUAACUGGAAUUUAAUUUGUGUAAUAUUCAGAUGAUCAAAUAUUUGGAUUUCUCUGAAGAGACAGCUUUGACUGAUUGACAGAACAGUUCUUCUAAAAAAUAGGCUGGUAUUUAAGUUCAGUGAGAGAAAUAAUUAUUUUGUAAGCUUGAACAAAUGUAUUUAGUUUCAUUCUCUGUUUUGUAGAAACAGUGGGAUUAGUCCAUACAGGGGCUGCGGUGCCCAGGACACCCAGACGCUCCAGCAGUGCUCAGGGAUCCUUCUCAGCUUUGUGAUUACCGGAGGGCAGCGGGCGUCAUCGCAUUACUUUGGUGAAUUACUCACGCUUUCUCCUCCAUAGCACCACUGUUGACAGAAAGCCUGUUUGAACAUGCUACAAAAUGGAAACGGGAAGGAGAAGCCGCUUGAAGCGCCAAAGGCUGAGGCAGAGCCGGACUCUCCGGCUGACAACCAGCAGCAGCAGCAGCAGCCCGCUCCUCCAGCUACUGACACACAGGACGCGGACAGCGAGCCCACACACUUCGCCAUGCCCGUCCACCCUAAACUGGACAUUAAACGCAACGCAGUCACGGACGAUUAUAAGAUCUCCACUCAGGUUCUGGGCUUAGGGAUCAAUGGCAAAGUCCUCCAAUGCUUCAACAAGAAGACUGGACAGAAGUGCGCACUGAAGAUUCUCUACGACAGUCCCAAAGCCAGACGAGAGGUGGAGCUGCACUGGCGAGUAUCAGGAGGGCCGUAUAUCGUCCGCAUCCUCAGCCUGUAUGAGAACAUGCAUCAUGGGAAGAAAUGCCUGCUCAUCAUCAUGGAGUGUAUGGAGGGAGGAGAGCUGUUCAGCCGGAUCCAGGCCAGAGGAGACCAGGCUUUCACUGAGAAAGAGGCUUCUGAGAUUAUGAGGGACAUCGGCACGGCCAUCGAGUACCUCCACAGCAUUAACAUCGCGCACAGAGACAUCAAGCCAGAGAACCUGCUCUACACCACUAAAGAAAGAAACGGGGUCCUUAAGUUGACAGACUUCGGCUUUGCAAAGGAGACGACGCUACACAACCCUCUACAGACCCCCUGUUAUACACCCUACUAUGUGGCUCCUGAGGUUUUGGGCCCGGAGAAAUAUGACAAGUCAUGUGACAUGUGGUCUCUGGGUGUCAUCAUGUACAUCCUGUUGUGUGGCUUCCCUCCAUUUUACUCCAACACUGGCCAGGCUAUUUCUCCAGGGAUGAAGAGGAGGAUCAGAAUGGGCCAGUAUGAAUUCCCCAACCCAGAGUGGUCUGAGGUUUCACAGGAAGCCAAAGAUUUGAUCCAUCUGCUGCUGAAGACGGACCCUAAUGAGAGAAUGACCAUCUCUCAAUUUAUGAACCACCCCUGGAUUAAUAAGUCCAUGGUGGUUCCCUCCACUCCACUCCACACCACCCGGGUCCUGACUGAAGACAGAGAGAUGUGGGAGGAUGUGAAGGAAGAGAUGACCAGCGCUUUAGCGACCAUGCGCGUGGACUACGACCAGGUGAAGAUCAAAGAUCUGGACACCUCCAGCAACCCACUACUCAACAAGAGACGCAAGAAGGCCGCAGCGGGGGCCAAGAGUGGUUCCACAGUCUGCCAAAGUCAGUGAGAUGGGCUGCUGGUGGAAAUCCAGACGGGAUAGCCAAUAAUAAUGUUUAAAAAAAGCAGCUCAGAAGAGGAAGGAAAAGUUGAUUUUUGCAGGAGGAGGAUUGUGUAGAGACCUGCUUUGGACUCUGGGGAAACUGGAAAUUGAAGAGAAAAUUAAAAGGGACAUCACAGGAACAACAGCAAAGUCAGAGCUGGACAUUUAUAAGACAUAUCAAGACAUGAUAUCGUGUGUAUCUCCUGUCAGUGGUAGAAUCAACAGCUCUGCUCACUGUGGGUUGUUAAUUAUUUUUAAGUCAUUUUAGACCUUUUGUGAUUGUAAGACUGUCUGUGUGCAGACAUGAAGUAUUUGUAGUGAUCAUGUUUUGUGUAUUUGAACGCUGAGUUUGAGAUUUCCUUUGUAACUAUGUGCACUAGUGUGCAAACCACACACAGACAGACAAAGCAACUGAACAGAAACUAGAACACUGACUAUUACCUGCAUUGUCUUAACAUUGUCUGUCUUCUGCUGCCUUCCUUUGAGGAAUUAAAGCAACGUCUGACACUGGCUGUCUUGUCAAUAAUGUAUAGCGCCCAUACACUUCAACCAAAGGAAUUUUUUUUCACUGAAGUAACAUUAAAAUGGCCCCCAAGCAGGACAUUUUACUCUGUCACUGCUGCAGAUUAAUCUGUGGUGGCACACAACCUGCCUGCUUCCUGUCAGAGUGAAGACAGAGAGCUUUGUGUGAGCAGCAGUGGCGUAAUGGUUGGUUGUGAUACACAGAUGAGUUGUGACACUUUAUCUUGAGAAAGGUCUUGUGUGUGUGUGUGUGUGUGUGUGUGUGUGUUUAUGGGGGUUGAGUAAACUGCUUCCGGUAAAUAGGGGCCAUAGUUUCACUUCACAUUAAAACAUGAGCAAGACAGUGCAGCCUUUUGAUAGUAGAAACCUCAUCUGUCAGGUAUGUCCUCUCCAUGUAGAGACUGGAUUUGUCCAUAUGGUUGUAAAUAAAAGUUUAUAAAGUAAAGUUUCCUGUGCGAGAUGUGUUUUUUUCCAGAGGACCUUGGAG